CGUUCCCAGCAUGGUGCUGAAGGCCUUCUUCCCCACGUGCUGUGCCUCGGCGGACAGCGGCCUCCUGGUUGGACGGUGGGUCCCGGAGCAGAGCAGUGCCGUGGUUCUGGCCGUGGUGCACUUUCCCUUCAUCCCCAUCCAAGUCAAGGAGCUCCUGGCCCAAGUGCAGCAGGCCAGUCGGGUGGGCGUGGCUGUACUGGGCACCUGGUGCCACCGCCGGCAGGAGCCCGAGGAGAGCCUGGGUCACUUCCUGGAGGGCCUGGGUGCCAUCUUCUCCCAUGAGCCUUGGCUCCAGCUGUGCCGGGAGAGGGGCAGCAAAUUCUGGAGCUGCAAGGCCACCCGCCGGCAGGUGCCCACCUGCCCAGCCACCUCUGGCGAGGACCAGGUCAUGCUUGUUUUCUACGACCAGCGCAAGGUGCUGCUAUCUCAGCUGCAUCCGCCUGCAGCCCUACCUGACCGCCAGGCUGGGGAUGCCACGGCCAGCGCUGUGGGCCUGGCUGCUGUCUUUGACACAGUGGCACGAAGCGAGGCACUCUUCCGAAGUGACUGGUUCGAUGAGGGCCCCGUGCGGCUGAGCCAUUGGCAGUCAGAGGGCGUGGAGGCCAGCAUCCUUGUGGAGCUGGCUAAGUGGGCAGCGGGGCCUAUCUGCCUGCUGCUGACCUGCCUGCUGUCACUCGUCUCCGCCGCCAGUGCCUGUCGGAUGUUCAAGCUGUGGCCACUGUCCUUCGUCUGGAGCAAGCUCUCCACAUGUGAGCAGCUCAGGCACCGGCUGGAGCAGCUCACACUGGUCUUCAGUACCCAAAAGGCCAAGAACCCCACCCAGCUGAUGAGGAAGGCAAAUAUGCUUGUCUCUGUGCUCCUCGAUGUGGCCCUUGGCCUUGUGCUGCUGUCCUGGCUCCACAGGAAGGACCGCAUCGGGCAGCUGGCUGAUGCCCUCAUCCCCGUGGCUGACCAUGUGGCUGAGGAGCUCCAGCAUCUGCUGCAGUGGCUGAUGGGCGCACCUGCUGGGCUCAAGAUGAACCGGGCACUGGACCAGGUGCUAGGCCGCUUCUUCCUAUACCACAUCCACCUGUGGAUCGGCUACAUCCACCUCAUGUCCCCCUUCAUUGAGUGCAUCCUGUGGCACGUGGGCCUCUCGGCCUGCCUGGGCCUGACAGUCGCCCUAUCCAUCCUGUCGGACAUCAUUGCUCUCCUCACUUUCCACAUCUACUGCUUCUAUGUCUACGGUGCCAGGCUGUACUGCCUGAAGAUCUAUGGCCUGUCCUCGCUCUGGCGCCUGUUCCGAGGGAAGAAGUGGAAUGUCCUGCGCCAGCGGGUGGACUCCUGCUCCUAUGAUCUGGACCAGCUGUUCAUCGGGACCUUGCUUUUCACCAUCCUGGUCUUCCUCCUGCCCACCACGGCCCUGUACUACCUGGUAUUCACCCUGCUCCGGCUCCUGGUGGUCACUGUGCAGGGCCUGAUCCAUCUGCUUGUGGACCUUGUCAACUCCCUGCCACUCUACUCACUCGGCCUCCGGCUCUGCCGGCCCUACAGGCUCGCAGCCGGCGUGAAGUUCCGAGUCCUGGAGCAUGAGGCUGGCAGCCCCCUCCGCCUCCUGAUGCAGAUAAACCCCCUGUCCUACAGUCGUGUGGUGCACACCUACCGUCUCCCCAGCUGUGGCUGCCACCCCAAGCACUCCUGGGGUUCCCUGUGCCGUAAGCUGUUCUUCGGGGAGCUCAUCUACCCUUGGAGGCAGAGAGGGGACAAGCAGGACUGAGGGAACCAGGCCACCAGAAACCCCAGCACUACCAGCUGCCAGGGUGGCUUUGACUGUCAGGGCAGCACACGUCCCUGCUCUUUGCCUUCCCUGCCCCCAGUUGUCUGGGACCUCUGCAGGCCCUGCUGGGGCCCUGCCUGUCGCAUCUCCUGACUCUGAGGUCGUGGGAGUGGUGAACUGGAGGAUGCAGGAGUGGCCAGCCAGGCCAGCUGGCCUCCACUCUGGCACUGGCUUGUUUGCCUUGGGACCCACCUUCUGAUCUGCUAUGAUGCACUGUUAGCCCAUGCCCACCUAGCCUCCCAGGACUGCCCCCACCCCUACACCAGACCCUAGCAGAGGUUUACUGAGCCCCGCCUCUACCCACUGGGUCAGUUCCCAGUGGGGUGAGCUGGCAGACCUCUCCGGCUGCUCCCAGGUGCCCGACCCUGUCACGGGUUAGAAGGACCCUUCCUAGGGUGCAUUCAACAGUCCUUGAGACUCUGGCCCCCAAGCAUCUCCUUCCCUGAGCGGGUUUUCUGCAGGAUACCCUUCUGCAUCCUCAGUUCCUUCCAGCUGUCUCAGUGGAGCAACAGCCAGCCAGUCUAGGGGGUCCAAACCACUGCUGACCCCCAGCCGAAACCAGCAGCCUCUGAGAGCCAGGAGGGGCCCUCCAGGAAGCUGAGUGGCAGCGCCCCUCAUGCCCUGAAUUGCACAGGCUUUACUUGAUGCUCCUGGAGAGGAUACUCUGUAGGAGGAGCUGCCCACAGGCCUUUGGGUGUGUAAAAGCCAGGCCACAUGGGGUGCCCAGAGCUGGCAGCAGAGCACUACUCACCCAGCUGCCCCGUUCCUGCCCUGAACCGGAGCCAAAUCUUCCAUUUCAUUCACUGACUUCUCGCAGAAGCAGGCAGCUCCUGGGCAGAUGCUUCUGUAGCCCCCAGGGAGGGGUCCUAGCACUCAAGCUGCAUCUGCUUGCUGACUGCAGGCAGAAUCAAGUGUGAUUUUGAAGCCCAGAAUCCCGGGGGGAGGAAGCAUGGAGAUGCGAAUGGCUUCACGUUCAGUGUGUCAUCUUGGGGUUGGAGGUGGGGUGGGGGAGGGCAGUGCUCCCUGUCCAUCCCAGGCAGCCUGAGCUGUCCACUUCUGCCACCCACACUCCUUGGCUAUGGGCCACAGUGGGGGGGCUUCUGGGGGAGUCCCCACCAGCCCAGUGUUGGGUGGGAGGGGUCCUGGCUCUGCCUUUUUCUGCUGAGACAAUAAAGCCUCUCGUGUUUGGAGUACA